UAUUGCAAAAUGAAAAUAGAAACCAAAACCUUGACUUUUUUCAAAACUGGAUAUUACUUUUUUAUUACCUGAAUUGGGCCUUUUUUGUAUUUACACCUAUUUUGUUGCAACCGUCCACCCACCUUAAUGUGAUAGCACGUAUACUCUGUGUGUGUCUCUCAGCGUAUAUGUAUGUGUGUGUGUGUGUGUGUGUGUGUGUGUGUUUAAGUGCGUACCACAGUGGGAGUUAUCUGCGACGCUGCCUCCUCAGCCAUUGCUCAGCAACUUAUCUUGUGUAGAGGAUCUUCUGUCACCUGUGCUUCAGUGUUUUGGCCUUUAGGACUACAAGAACAUGGCUGAUGGUUGUGUUUCGUACCCCUCAGUGUUUGUGGUGGACAGCGGUACCAAGUUACCACCAGCGCUGCCCCCCAAACCAGGACAAACACGAAUCCAGAACCGGAGGAACCGUCAGAUCCAGAACAUAGUCUUGGUGCUGGUGUGUCUGGCUUUGGUUGGCCUAUUAGUGGAGGGCUAUUUCAUCUAUCAACUCCACAGGAAUAACAAAACCCCUGAGUCUAAAUCUGAUAACCCACAGACUGAAGCACAACAAGGAGGUCCAGAUGAGGAGAAACCCAUCACCAAGAAACCAAAGCUGCCUACAAUCCAGCAUCCAUCAAAGCCUCUUGCACAUCUGACAGCUGGUGAUAAAAAACCUAAAAAGGAUGGAAUCAUGGAAUGGAAGGAAAAUGGAGACUCCAUCCUUUAUGAGCUCAAGUACAGAGAUGGAAAACUGAUCGUUCAGAAGGAGGGCUACUACUACGUGUACUCUAAGCUUAGCUACAGUGCAGAAGGCCCUCCUUUCAUUCAGAUGGUGAAAAAGAACACAACGCGUUAUCUGGGUAAUUCUAUCACGCUCCUUACAUACUAUAGACACAAUUCAAACUCAAACAAAGGCAGCAUGAGGAACAGCUUCCUGGGCGGGGUCUUCCAUCUGUACAAGGAAGAUGCUGUUUUUGUUCAUGUGAACAACGGCUCUUUGAUUCGUCUGCAUUAUUCAGCUGAUAACAUUUUCGGCAUGUUUAUGCUGUAGACAGAAUUUAGCUCUGUAUUUAUAACCAUAGGCGCCAGCUUUGUGGGUGCUCUGGAGCUUGAGAACCCCCAAUGUUUAGGAUUUAAAUAUCCCAUAUUUAGACAUUUCAGUUAAAAAUAUACACCACACUUUGGUAAAGACAACACCUGUUAGAGUAUAAUGGUAAUAGUGGUAUUUUAGUGAUAUUAUCUCUUGUAGUGUCCAUUUUAGACAAAAUUUCAGUCUUCAAUAUUGCCUGUUCAAACCAUCAAUGAUGCGACACAACAAAGCGACAUUUAUUUUUUGUGACCGGUGGCCAUUUAAAGGCUCAGUCCCAAACUGUGCACUCCCGCACUAUAUAGUGUGGUAAAACCGCCCGCAUGGUAUCCAUUUUGAAAGUGGGUCUGACGACCCCCAGGGCCCAUGACGUAUAGCCAGAGGGUCCACGACUGUUUUAAAAAUGUAUUGUUUGACUGGUCGCUUAAACUGAAUUGGUUUAACCCAUACCUCAACUUAAAAGCAAGUAAGACUAUAAAUAAUUUACUUGGGGUUAAUGUGGUCUGUUCAGGAAUAAAAAGCACUCUGGCUCUAAUAAAUAGCCAGAAUAUUACUGUAUGUAUUUGAAUAGUUGGAUUAGGUUUGGAAAAAAAUCAGCACCGGCUCUCUGGCUCCAAAACGUUUGAGAAACCGUGUCCUAAGGAAACAGGUAAUUUCUGGCAGUGUACAAUUUUGACAUUGUAUUUGUUGCUCUGGUAUGUGGCUUGGGAUGCAGACAAUAACAGAAGGGGGAAACAUUUUCCAUGUUUUUUGGUGCCAUAUAUUUCUUAUUUCCGGCUCCUGAAUCAAUGAGUGAGACUCGCUGUACUGCUAGAGCUGUUGAUUACCCAAACAGAACAGUGUAGAUAAGUUCUGUCAUUAGAAACAUAUUUUUCUGUCAAAGUAGAAGGGCAAACCUUGAGCAAUGUAAUUUUACACAACGUUAAUCAACAUUCCAAAAACUUCUCCAACUGAAAAGCUCCAAUAAAACCUACAAAAUUCUCCACUUUUAAUUUUUUUUUUAUUUACUACAAGUUGCCAAACUUGGAAGCAUACCAGACCUGUAGGACACUCAGUUUCUGCAUCAGAUUAUUCCUCAGCAGUACAAACAAUCCAUACACACCUUGCAAAAAGGUCUUGAGUUCAUCCAACAAUCUCUAAAAUGUUGCUUGUAUUAUGUUCUCUGUCAUUUUAACUACAUGUACGGCCUACACAGAGGAUGAUUAAGAGCGCAAAUCCAUCAUUCAGCAAGUACUCAGUGAUUGGUGGAAUACAGUUAGAUUGAUUGGCUGAAAAUGUGGUACAGUAGUAUCUGUACAGUAGGGCCUGGAUGUUUAAACCUCUUGACACAUGUAGGUAGUGUGCUAGUUUUGAAAAUAGUUAAAAAUCAUCAAAUAGUGCUUUUUCAAAAAAAUAGCUAAAAUAACUCCAUAUUGCAAAACCGCAGUGACUAUAAAAAAAAGCCACUAAAUGUUAAGACAAAUUUGCCAAAUUAGCAACACUGGCUGGAAUAUCACUGUCAUGAACUGUAUGAUGUCACGCACUUGUAGGCAAUUAUGAGCACCCACAAUGAAAUCAUACAUUGGCGUCUAUGAUUAUAACAUCAUUCUGACUCAGUUAAAAAACAUUGGUAUUGAACUUCAACCAACCAACCAACCAACACAGUUUAUGGUAAUUUAUUUUUUUUUUUUUCAAAUCAGAGGUGCAAUAAAUGAAAUUAUAAUACUUAGCUAGAAACUGCUACACAGCUGGCUUGUUUGUAGUCAAGCCGAUAAUCACAUGAUCACAUCACUGGUAAAAUUACCACCAAAAGCUGACAGUUGUACAUAGUUGCUUUGUACCAUUUUUUAAACACCAGAUAUCAAAAAAUGUAAUGAAUAUUUUGUCAACGUUUACCUGAAAUAUUGUGGUUUGAAUGUAUACAGUUUUGAGCAUACAACAUUCUGCACAGCCCUUUCACAACUCAGGCAUUUGGACUAACUUCAUUAUUUUAUUUAUUUCUCAUGAGGGCAUCAUUUAAUUAUUACAAUAACAUACCAUGUCUCAGUGGAAAACUAUUUAAAAACUUUUCAUACAGUAAUGUAAAGUUUAUUAAUUAAUAUAAAGGUAUUUAGCUUUUGCAUCAAGACAAAGGCAGAAAUAUAGAGAGACUCAUACUGAGGACUAUAAAGAUUCUAAUGAAAUACAACUAUUACAAUUACAACUUUUCACAAAAACAUUUUAACAUUGGUUCAAUGUAAAAUUUGCAUAAAUCUUUUUAAACUCAAUUGAUUCUUUCGCUACUGGACAUGAUUAAAGGUCAAAGAGGUUUUUUUUUUUGCACAAUAUUAGUUAUUUUUAUAAUUUAUUCUUAUUUUAUCUUUGCUAUCAGUCUUUUUUAUAGUUUAUGUAGUGAAAGGCUUUUAUAUCGUACAUAUAAUUUUUUUUAUAAUAAUUUGAAUGUAUUUGAAUGAAUAAUAUAAU